UCUUUCCCCUUAGAAAGCAAAAAAGGAUUCAAUCACUCUUUUUAGAACUCAUACUCAAAGUGUAACAAAAAAAACUCAAUCAUGUACAACAGUGGCUGCACGGCAGACGGGUCAUUAAACAACUCAAAGUUCAAUGAUCCGAUGCCAUGGAUCGGUAUCUACGUAGCAGCAGCAUCAGUAAUCUGUGGCAUAGCCAUGGCAAUGGAUGCCCUGCAAGGUUUUAGAUACAAGAAAUUUUGGUUUCCAUGCAGAUUCUUCACCCUCAAUGCCACAACUCUUACUUUUAUAGCAAUUGCGAUCAAGUUUUCUGUCGAUUUGAAUGCAGCCAUGCCUCGUCGACAAGAUCAGCUAGCGAAAGUAAGCAGUUCGGCUUUCAUAUGUAUUGUGAUGGGCAACUUACUGCCUUCUUUAGGAGCCAUGGAAGAUACGGAAUUGUUGAUGAAUAUUAUAGCUUUGGGGAUUCUUGUCAUCACAGCAAUCACAAAUAUCUGCAUACAAAUGGGUACAGGUGUUAUUUUUGAGUUUUGGGUAGAACAUGCUUUGAUUAUGCUAGUUAUGCUUAUUUUACUUGCAAUCUUGUGUUCUAUAACUUUGGCUACUCCAACAAUAAAGUAUUAUCUGGAUAUAACAUAUGAAAAGAAGUUGAAAAAAGCAAAUAAAGUGUGCUUCAAUCAAAGAAACUUGUCGGUAGCGGAUAGGCUAAAACAAGAUUUAGGGAAGUACUGGAUGAUGGCAUAUACUUCGAGCCCUCAAUUUGUGAUUGGACGAUCUGCACCAUGCUCAGCUGCUGGAGCGUUUUGUCUUUUUAGCACACUGAUCUUAGCUGAAGCCAUACUCAGAACCCGCUUCAUGCCUUGGUCUUUCAGAUUUUGCCAUGGAAAUUCUGAUUACAAGUGGUCCACUACUCUCGUCUUCAUGAGCCAAACAGUUGCAGUCUGUGUCGGCACAAUUUCACCUGCUUUUAGAUGGUUCAUGACUAUAAAUUUCAGAUGUCCAAUAAAGGCUCAAGUGGCCUGUCGACGAGAGUUUUUUGCAGAAAGAUAUUGGAUUAAACGGAUGCUCUUCUGGCAGGUCCAGCCGUUAAAGUUAACAAUAUGCAAUCGCCAGUGCAGAAAGCUAGUUCAUAGAGGAAAAUUUCAUAUUUUUCGUAUGUUUAUCGGGACACAAAAAGGUUUGGUUGUUUCUUGCAAGAUGAUCAGGCUUGUGUCUAUCUUCUUUGUGAGCGGGUUCUUGAGGUUGAGGAAUUUUAUUAAAGGUGAUUAUAGCGUGCACAGUUCUGACUCUGACUCGGUGAAUAUGAAUCUGAGUCCUUAUGUUAUCUAUCUUGAAGGAGAAGAAGGAUUGGUGGAUCUAAUGACAGCAAACAAUUGUGAUGCUACUGCCCACUGGAUCAGAAUGGGAGAAAAGAUGCAGCCAAGAAAUCUGAUAAAACUCUUGGAGCAGUCAAAUUCCUCAAGUUCCUUCAAUGGAGUACAGGACUUUGACAGUGCUAAAAUUCCGCCAUUAAGUUCUGCAGAACCUCCAAAUUGUUGGGCUCUCCCUAUCGUGACAUUAACUAGCAUAGCAGUUGCAAUUCCCAAUAUUAAAAAUGAACUAGUUGAGCAGUUAGUGUCCGGUGUAGACGAAGGCCUAAAGUAUAUCUGUGAGAUAGAAGAUUAUAUAGACGAGAAAAAACACUUGAAACAUGUGCGAAAAACAGCAGAAAUAGUUUGGGCAGGGGUGGAACUUUAUUACAAAUGGUUAGACAUAGAUCUUUACAAGCUAGCACAUCAAGAACAUCAGAGUGAAACUGAAGUUAUCAAGUUACUUGCUGAAGUAUCAAAGGAGAAAUUCAUGGAGUUUUCGGAUAAGGACAUGAUGCAUAUGAAUGAAUGCUUAAAAGAGGCACCGUCACGAUGGCCCGUGAGGGUGUUGGCAGCAAAUUCCAUGUACAAAAUAUGUGAAACUCUCUUGUUGACGACACAGCACGAAGCCAACGAGAGAUUAUUUGAGAAGAUAUCACUCAUGAUUUGUAAUAUCUUAACUGCAGCUUUGACAAACCUACAACAUGUUAUUUCGAGACAAUGCCAUGAAAGUAAGAUCGAGGAGAGGGAGAAGAGCAUCCGCUGUGCAGUUCUACUUUUUGGGAAAACAAGAAAAAUUUUAGAGAUUAUCGACAGAAAAAGACCCGAAGAUUCAGAUCAUGGGAAGCUUAUACACAUAGAUGACUGGCAUCAACUGAGCAAGCUGAUGGAUUCACUGCACUCCAUGUCUUCUUCAGCAGAUGAAGAAACGGCUGUCUCUAGUCCAUCUGAUUAUUGUAUAUCGAUUAACUAAUAUCGCAACUUCUAGCUUAUAAUUUUGCAUAUGUUAGCUACUUAUUAUUUGUGACGAUGCAGUAAGAAUCAAUGUAUAACAUGCAUAAGAAUUUUGAUUCAA